GUCCUUCAAGGUUCGACCUUGUACAUUUAAGCCCCUCAUCUUUGACUUCAAAGCCAGCAACUUGAUCUCAGAAGCGAGACUGAAGAGAAACCUAGGGUUUGGAUCCAACUUCAUGGCGGUUCUCUUUCAGAAAUUUCAAAAGUUUGUGGGCACGCUUGCCAAAAGCCCGACAUUCGCAAAGGAUCCAAGACGCCUUCAAUUCGAAACAGACAUAAAUCGGCUCUUCCUCUAUACCAGCUAUAACCGGGUGGGAAAGGAUGCUGAAGAAGCAGAUAUCGAGGAGAUUAUAAACAUGGCAAGUAAAUCGGACCUAGCGGAUCAAGAAAAACAGGUUCAAGAAAACAUUCAUUCUCAAAUUACGAACUUCUGCACGUUUAUGGAUCAUAUUCUACUUCCUGAAUCGAAAUCCGAUGAUGAAUCAUCGCAACAACACACCACUCCUCCUCGUCGUAGUGGCCUUAGUCUUGCAAUUGGUCGAAACGCCCCACCGAACACGCAAGUUGAUAUCCCCGAGACAAAACCGUUGACUUUUGCAGAGUCACGCCAAAGGUUAAAAGAGCUAAUGGGCUACACCCUUGAGCUCAAACCGUCUCAAAUUCCUCACGAACAGGCGGGCCGGGGUUUAUUCGUAGACGGUGAAGCAGAUGUCGGCUCGGUAAUAGCACUCUACCCAGGUGUAAUCUACUCUCCCGCGUAUUACCGUUACAUCCCCGGAUACCCAAGAGUCGAUGCACGAAACCCGUAUCUUAUAACCCGCUACGACGGGACCGUAAUUAACGGUCAACCUUGGGGUACGGGUGGUGAAACGAGGGAAGCGUGGACGCAGUCUAGCGUUUAUCGGCCCCACCCGAGUGAAGCACGUUCCGAGACGGGGUCGGACCGGGUGUGGAAGAUGUUAAGCAAACCGUUAGAAGCGUCACGGGUCGGGUUUACCGGUGAGGUUUUGGAGCGAAGAAACCCGUUAGCGUUAGCUCAUUUCGCAAACCACCCUGCUAAGGGUACGGAACCGAAUGUUAUGGUCUGCCCUUAUGAUUUUCCGUUGAACGAAAAGGGUAUUCGAGCGUAUAUACCGAAUGUUGUUUUCGGGGGUGUGGAAGAAGUGAAGAUGAAACGAUUUGGGAGUUUUUGGUUUAAGUCGCGAGGCGAGUCAAACGAUGGUCAACAGACGGGUCCGGUUAUGAAGAGUGUUGCGCUUGUUGCGACUAGGUUGAUUAGGGAUGAAGAGGUUUAUUUGAAUUAUAGAUUGAGUAAUUCGAAGAGAAGGCCUUCUUGGUAUACUCCUGUUGAUGAGGAAGAGGAUAGAAGAAGAUGGAGCUAAACAAACAAACAUGUGUUUAUUUUGAGGAGGUUUAAUAAGAUUUAAGAACCAGAAUUAGCAGUUUUGGUUGGUGUUGAGAGGAUGUUUGAAAACAAAAGAUUUUGUAUUCUUGUUAUGAUGUGGUGUACUCACUUCUAAAGUUGUUUUUGGUAAACCUGCUAUACAUGUGAUAUUGACUUUAGUUUAGUUUA